AUGGCUACACUCAUCCAAGAGAAUGGUAUGAAGUUGAGCAAAGGAACCCAUGGUGUAGUCGUAAACCAUGGCAUGACGACGCACGGUGUCCCAAACCACAUGGUGCCAGACCAUGAAUACUGUGAAUCGGGUCAAACCGCGCAAGCAGCACAACAAUGCCCCGACACAGAGAGCGACAACCAUCAGCCGCCCGCCGAGGAAGAAGAGGAAACCCCAGAAAUUGACAUAAUGAUAAACAAUGUUGUGUGCAGUUUUAGUGUUAAGUGUCACUUAAACCUGAGACAGAUUGCUUUAAACGGUGUUAACGUUGAGUUCAGACGGGAGAACGGAAUGGUUACUAUGAAACUCCGGCGUCCAUACACCACGGCCUCGAUAUGGUCCUCUGGUAGGGUCACGUGCACGGGCGCGACCAGCGAGGAUCAAGCUAAAGUAGCCGCCCGCCGCUACGCACGUGCCCUACAGAAGUUGGGCUUCCAAGUACGCUUUCGCAACUUUCGUGUUGUAAACGUACUCGGAACUUGUAGGAUGCCCUUUGGCAUUCGAAUUAUAGCAUUCUCAAAGAAAUACAAAGAAGCAGACUAUGAACCUGAACUUCAUCCCGGUGUAACAUACAAGUUGUACAAUCCCAAGGCGACUCUCAAGAUAUUUUCCACCGGAGGUGUAACAAUAACUGGAAUUGAGAUGGAUAUUAAAAACAAUACGGCUCUAAUUGAAGCCCUGUUAUUAGAAGAGCUUCCGGACUGCGACGAAGCGUCUGAUGCAGGUGUGUCCGAUGAUGAAGUGGAAAAUGUUCAACUACCCUCGCCAAGAGGUUUCGAUGAAAUUUUUGAAAGAGCUAUAGAAGAUGUUUUGGCCGAAGUUCCGCCGUCGUCGCCGUCAAAUGAAGAUGUAUUGGAGUACCCAAUAAAUCAGGUACCCACAUCUUCAUUACCUGCACCUAGUGUUCAGCCUGAUCUACCAUCUGCAAAUAACUCUUCACACCGAACUAACCAGCGAUUACCCGAACCAAACCGUAAAUGGAAAAAGAGGGACCUAAGUACAUCUUUACCGGAAUACAUUGCGGAUACUGGAGUAGUAGAUGACUGGUUUGCUCACUGUACCACACCGACUGAUAUAUUUUUAGUAUUGAUUGAUGACAUUGUUGACAAUAUUGUAUACCAAAGUAACCUUUAUGCUACUCAGAAAAGCAAAGUAUUGAACCUAAAAAAAGAGGAACUCCUAACAUUUAUAGGUAUUAAUUUUUUUAUGGGUUACAAUACUCGUCCGGCGUGGAGAGACCACUACUCUUCGGCACCUGAUCUCAACAACGCGCUUAUUUGCAAGACUUUGCCUAGAGACAGGUUCGCUAUUAUUUUAUCUCAUCUGCAUUGCAAUGAUAGCUCCAAAAUGCCUUCAGGCUGCAAAGAUAAAUUAUAUAAAAUUAGACCAAUGAUUGAUGCACUCAAUAAAAAAUUUGAAAUGGUUUAUCAUGGUACUCGCGAACUGAGUGUAGAUGAGUCCAUGAUUAAAUUCAAAGGUAGGUCUGUCCUAAAACAGUAUCUACCUAUGAAGCCCAUAAAAAGGGGGUACAAACUGUGGUGUCUUGCUGACCAGAGGGGGUAUAUAAAGAAGUUUCAAAUUUACCAAGGGAAAGACGAAGAACUGAACACAAAAUUUACCGGCUAUGGAUUAGGAGAGAAAGUAGUUUUGGAGUUAACGGAACAAGAUUGGAGUAAGGGGAAGGUAGUUUACUUUGAUAAUUUUUUCACGUCUGUGGCUUUACUUGAGAAACUGAAAACUGAAAACACCUACGCAUGUGGAACUAUCCGAAGUAACAGAAAAGGACUGCCCGGAAAUAUGCUCGCUGAUUCUCAAUUGAAAAGGGGCGAUAGUGAUCAUCGAUUUUCAAAUUUAGACAUUGGAUAUUGGAAAUGGAAGGAUAAUAAAAUGGUUCAUUUAGUGUCUAAUUUUCACGGGAACGAAGAGGCAACUGUGUCACGUAAAGAAAAAAAUGGAACCAAGUCAGCCAUUACAUGCCCUAUAGCUGUCAAAGAUUACAAUAUGUAUAUGGGCGGCGUAGAUACAGCUGAUCGUUUGAGAGCCCUUUACUGUAUAGAUCGCAAAUCUCCGAAAUGGUGGCACAGAUUGUUUUGGGGUCUUCUGGACAUCGUAUUUGUCAAUGCAUAUGUCAUUCAUGGACUUAUAAUGGAACAGACUACCGUAAAAGAUUUUAGACGUUCUGUUACUCAAGGCUUGAUGACAAUGAAAGAUGCUAGUCAGAAAAGGAAGACUUCUACUGACAAUACUGCAAAAGGCGGCCCUUCCAAAAGACGCAAAUCUGACUACUCCACUAUAAAAGACGUACGCUUAGCUCGAAGCGUGAGCGAUGUCCAAUCAGCCGUAGAGCGUAUCUUCCCGCUAGUAUACGAGUUCCGUAAGCCUCACUCGCCUGCUGAUGAGGAGAAGCUCCGUCAGAGGCGAGCGGCGCGGUCGCGGGCCGGGCCUCUACCAACGGAGGAGAAGCCCUUGGAGCAAGCUGCACCACAGACUGACGACCCCAUGCACCUGGUCACACUGUCCGACGACGACGCCUGGGAAUAA